UUGAAGUUAAAGUGGCGGGUUAUGCUGGGUUAUGCACUUGGGUAGGGUUUUUAUGGUUUUUAUUUUAGUAAAAGUAAAAUAAUCCCGUACAUAUCAGCCCGUUUUACUUACGAAUAGUUUUUGUUUAAUUUUUGUUUUUCUCUGAGUUUAUCCAUUAUUGCUGGUUUUUCAUACAAAAUGGAUUUUUUGGAAGAACAUAGUUACGUGAAUCACAAAAAAAUCAAAUCAGAGUGCGAGAAGCCUGAGCUACAUUUAACGGAGAUUAAUAUUAAAAUGGAGUAUGACGACUUUCUAAAUAGUGAUGAAGCAUGCGACACACCAAGUGUUAAUCCGUUGGAACAAACAAAGAUCAAUUGUAACGAAUCUGAGAAAGACAGGAGAUUAAGACUGACGUCGCAGAAGGCUGAUUUAAAGUCUAGAAACACUAGUGAUAGUGAGGAUGAUGAAGGGUUGUAUCCGGGAAUCUGCUCUAAACCUGUCUGGUUUAAAGAAGGCGUGCAUUUUACAAACCUGUUUAAAUCUCUUGGAUUCAUCUUCUUCUGAUGAGGAUGAGUUGAUGCUGUUGUGGUUGUUGUGCAGCAAAAGAAAGAAGAAGCUAAGAAAAAAGUCCAAGUAAAGUUUAUGUUGUUACUUAUUUUUAAAUAGUAGAUGACAUACGUGAUGUUCUUUGCUUUAAGAUAAUUAACAAUACAACAAUCUAAACAUAUUAUCCCUGCAACUCUAAUAAUUUGAUCAAAAUCUGUCGACUCGUUUCAGCAGUUACGCUGUCGGAUCAUUUUCAUUAAUUAAUUUAAAAAAAUGACAGCGUCUGUAGUUGAAAUUUUCGACACGUUGCAGGGAUUGUUACGUGUUUGAAUUGACGGCCGUGUACCAAAUGUUCAUUCUGAUUUUAGUAGUUAAAUAAUUAUUUAUAUUUUCAUAUUCAAAUUGUAUAUAAAUAGAAAUUAUUUUGAUCUGUAA